ACUUUGCGGCUAACGUUAGUGGUACGGCAGCUGGCGAACAGCAAACUCGCGUCCGUGUUUCCGUUACGGUUUGAAUCGGUUUGGAAGUGGGUGCUGCAAAGGGCAAUUCAAUUUGUGAGGCAGUGCGAGUGCGGUCGAUCCUUUUGUCGCGUUGCAAGCGAACGAAACUCACUUAACAGUUGAGCCGCCCCCAGGACGACAUCCACGAUGCAGGCGGUGCUCCAAUCUGCGCACAGCAGCAGGCGGCUAAUGCUGUUGCUCUCCAUGCUGCUCAAUGCCGCUAUUCAGCCACAAUCCGUUAUUGUGAGUGCUACUGAUGAUGUCGCCAAUGUGUCGCCUUGCGAAAUGGAGUCCCUUAUAAAUCAACUGAUGAGCCCCAGCCCCGAGUACCAGCUUCACGCCUCCGCAUUGCGCAAUCAACUGAAAAACUUACUUCGGGAAAGACAGCUGGCCGUGGGCGAAGAACAGCCUUUGGGCGAGUACCCCGAUUAUCUGGAGGAGGACAAGCGUUCGGUGGCCGCUCUGGCUGCCCAAGGCCUCCUUAACGCUCCGAAGAGAAGCUUGGCCACUCUGGCUAAAAACGGGCAACUGCCCACGGCGGAGCCUGGCGAGGAUUACGCCGACGCAGACUCCGGAGAGCCGAGUGAACAGAAGCGCUACAUCGGUUCCCUGGCCAGGGCCGGCGGAUUGAUGACCUAUGGAAAGCGCAACGUGGGCACCCUGGCCCGCGACUUCCAGCUGCCCAUUCCCAACGGCAAGCGAAACAUCGCAACUAUGGCCCGUCUGCAGAGUGCUCCCUCUACCCACCGAGAUCCAAAGCGCAAUGUGGCCGCCGUCGCACGCUACAACUCGCAGCACGGUCAAAUCCAGCGCGCUGGGGCCGAGAAACGUAACCUGGGAGCCCUGAAGUCCUCGCCGGUCCACGGAGUGCAGCAGAAGCGCGAGGAUGAAGAGAUGCUGUUGCCCGCGGCCGCCCCCGACUACGCCGAUCCCAUGCAGAGCUACUGGUGGUACCCCAGCUAUGCCGGGUACGCCGACCUCGACUGGAACGAUUAUCGCCGGGCAGAGAAGCGAUUCCUAGACACAUCCAAGGAUCCCGAAUUGUUCGGCAUCGAGCAUGGCAACGAUGCCGCUGCUGCAGAGCCCGCAGACGAGGCGGAAAUGGAGUCGGAUGCGGAGGCCGGGAGCGAGCAGUCGCCAUCGCCGCAGAAGCGUCACAUAGGCGCCGUUUAUCGCUCCGGAUUCCUGCCCAGUUACCGCUACCUGCGCAGCCCUGGGGGCAGUGGUGGUUUUGGCGGGGCCGGGGGGCGUUUUAGUCGCUCGGGACGUGACGCCAGGCAAUUUGCCGGGUACUUCCCCCAACACGAGCGACUGCGUCAACCCACCGCAGCCGUUUGUAAGCAGUGUUUCAUACCUAACCAACCGAUGAUCAAUUGGAGUGGUGCUGGCGUACGCGGUCGUCUGUCCAAGUACUAUGUGGAUCCCGAGUCCUCAUUAGCGCGCUUGCCCAGCCUGUCCAGUAACUCGCUGCCAUCAGGACGCCCUCCGCGCACGCUCCUGCGCUCAGGGGCUCCAGUCUAUCCGCCCUUCCACACCUGGGGCACUCCGCCGCGUAUCACAGCACUGCAUCGACGGGAAUUUCGACGCAACUCGGAAAAUUAUGAAUACUAAAUAUCGACAAUAUACUCUUUAUGCAAAUAACGCGAUACAGAUUUCCUUAGUACAGAAGUCGGAAAAUAUACCUAUACAGUGUAAAUCCCCGAAAUGUAAUGUCACACACUACACCUGCGAACCUUGCGACUACUAAGUCUAGCGGGUAAACCGUAGAGCUGUAGGAUCUGUAUGGCUAUUGCUAUAACUAUCAAAUAUAUUUAUGAAACUGAAGUAACUGAUAUCAGUGCAAAGCAUAAACACGAUAUAUAUCAAAGCAAAUCAUAUCCUCUGUAUAAUUUAAAUUCUUAAAAGAAGUUUUGAAAUAGUGCUAGUGUUGUACCUUGCAAGAACUAGAACUUCAUAAAAUAACUUUAUCCUACAUUGCUGACUAACUGAUAACAGUUUAGAUUGUUUUCCCUGGCGUCUUUUAUGUGUAAAUGACAAUAACUGUUUCCACUAGGUAAAAGCUAAGAAUUGCCAUCAACGAUCACUGAUAUAUGAAAGCGUUAACAAACUGCGUCAAAGACAAUAAAACUUGAUGAAAACUAAAGAAAUUCUCGAUUUAUAAAUAUAAAUAUAAAUAUAUUAUACUUUAAUGUAUUCCAGACAAUAAAAAAAAUAUUGACAAUAAAAUAUUGCGGGGUAUUAAGUACUUCUUUAUGAGUCAUUUGGAUUGAUUUUAACUUUUUCAAAUCAUUGGAAUAAAGCAAGAUAUCUAAGUCUCUGUGUGUAAUAAAAAGUCUGAUGUUGUCAAUAAUUAACUUAAACUAUUAUGAAAACCAAAGUAUCUUAAAAAUGAAAAGUUAAUCAAUUAAUCAACCAAGUAUUUACUUCGAUUAUAUACAAAACCUAUCAAAGCUCGUACUUGCGGUGAAGCUCUCAGAACAAAAUAGAGCUGACAAUUUGUGGCCACCAACUGGCGAUUAAAGUUUCUGUAUACAAAUUACAUAUAUCAUAUUAAAUUAAUGGAAAUAUAUACACAAAAAUUACCUGUUUGUU